UCAAAUAAUUAUAUUUACUUUUCUCAAAUCUCACUGACCUGUCUGUACUUUACUGCGUUUUAGCGCGUAUACAUUUACAGGUCGGUGGAUUUUACUUUUGUGAGAAAAAAUGCCGAAGGAAGGAUUCGGACCACAUGGAAAUGAGUUUAAGUAUGAAGAUCCCGAAUUCAGGGUUACAGACGAAGUACGCCGUGCUUUUGAUGACAAUGGAUUCAUAAUUGUCCGAGGCCUGAUGGACAGUGUUGAAACAGGGAAAAUCAAGAAGUCACUUGAAGAAUAUGGACUUGUGGAGAAAUAUUCUUAUGGGCUUCCAGAUGCCGAAGGUAGGGAGCCUAGAAUGAUGUUGUGGAGCUAUUGCGGAAAUGACGUACUGGGACUGGUUCCACGAUGCGAAAAAGUCGUCUCAACUUGUGAAAAGUUGAUGGGCGGCGAUGAGCUGUAUCAUUACCAUACAAAAAUAAUGAUGAAAGAUCCGAAGAAAGGUGGGAGCUUUGAAUGGCACCAGGAUUAUGGGUAUUGGUACAAGAAUGGAGUGCUGAAACCCGAUUUGUUGAGUAUGUUUCUUGCUGUGGAUCCGUGCGUGAAGGAAAAUGGGGGACUUCAGGUGCUUGUUGGAAGUCACAAAGCUGGUCGGAUUGAUCAUACAUUCGACGGUGGACAACAAGGUGCAGAAAAGGAGAGAGUGGAACAUUUAAAGAAAGUCUAUGAACAUUUCCAAGUGAAUCUUCAACCAGGUGACGCCAUAUUGUUUCAUUCGAACUUGCUACACUCGAGCGGACCAAACGAUAGUGAACAGAGACGCUGGGCAUUUAACUGUUCCUACAAUAAGAAAAGUAACAACCCCGUCAAGAAACACCACCAUCCGUGUUACAAUAAACUGACAAAGGUAUCUAAUAAUGCAAUUAAAGAAUGUGAAAACUACUGCGAACCAGAAGGCAAGGAGUUCGUGGAUCCUGCAACAGACGAAACAGUGAAAGCCGGAAGUAAACCUUCCCAGGAACAAUGAAGUGACUAUUGAUCACAAAUAGUCAAGAAUUAAUGAUAUGACCAUUUUUCACAAAAUUCAAAUGUGUUUUGAUAUGCUGUGAGAGGAUAUCGAUGAAAUGAGCGUUUUUCCAAGAAUUAAAGAUUAUCGCUUAUUCUAUUUUCAAAUAAAUAUAUAAAAUAAAUAA